ACUACACAUCGCGCGUUGCUGCUCCUCAGUCAGACCGCGCCUCCUUGACUCAUUCCGUCAGCUCCUCCCUGUCUUCGGAACAACCACAGGAACCCGCCCACCCAACAUGGCUACCGUCGCUGCCAACCGCCCAGUCUCUAACAUCGCCGUUGCCUUCGCUGCCCAGUCGGCCUCGAACAAUAUCCCCAUCCCCCGUGAUGGCGUCGACCCGAACACCUCCGACCAUCGCCGCAUGCUACUCACCCCUCCCAACUCCAUCUCCCCGACCCUACCCGCUCAGAAACAUAAGCCUGGCAUGCGCGGCGGUGACGUGCCUUAUAUGCCUCUGCACCCGGACUCGGACGUGGACCUCCAGGACGCUGUUGAGCAUGCCGCCUCGCAGCACCUGCACCCCGCAGCUUUGUCCAAGGAGGCCCUGGCCGGCCUCGAGGCUGCAGGCCAGAUCACACCUGCCAUGCUGGCCAAACACCACCUUCCCAAGAUCUUCUCCGGACAUGGCUCUCUGCCUGUGCGCGACAUCAUGGCGCAUCUAGCCCAGACAGUUCCGGGAUAUUCCAGCAUUCCUCCAGCGAAGGCGCGCAGGCUGGUAGUGGCUGCGCUGGAACAUCGCGCCGGUGGCGGUCUGCACGGGGAGGUGGUAUUCGAGAAGGUGGGAUGGGGCCGAUGGCAUGUCAAGGGGGAGAACGGUCAGGGGGUCCCCAUUGCGCACAGCGCGUCGCCAUCGGGACCAACUCCGCCUGCCAGCGUGGAUAGUGCAGGACGGCUUGUGAUUCCUCGGUCACGCUUCGAUCGCGACGAAUACUGUGGAAGUUGGGCAGCAGGAUCCAUGGCCUUCUCACGACACGAGGAGAUGGCGGACAACAUGUCGCUCGACGGUUCCGACGAUUCCGAUUCCGACGCGGAUGACAUGGAUCUGGAUGACAUAGACGACCAAACCGACGAGGAGGACUGGAGCGCACUGGGGCCGGAGCUCCUCCGCAACAGCUACCGCGGUCCUAGCACAGAGUACCGCGACUACAAUUACCUUUCGCGCACAUCGGGUGCGCGAUACCGCUCGGCCUCGGCACAGGUACAGGCACAGUCGGUGCCCCACUCUCGUCCUGGGCACAAGACGACUCCCGCUUUCAACAACAGCAACAACCACCACAACAAUAACAACACUUCUUCUGCAUCCCGCAUCAACUCGGGCUUUGUUCAUAAUAAUGGUACUGCAUCUCCACUCGGCGUUUUGGAAAAUCGGUCGGAGCUCGAGGCCGUCGAGGCUUUGAUUGCCAUGGGCUCCAUGUAGAGCAUUACACGUACUUUUGGACUGGGCGUUGGCUAUACUCAUGGUGCCCACGACGAUGACACGACAUUGAUUCUCUUAGGGUUCUUUUUCUGGAUAGGUAUUUUGGUUUGGGCCGCGCUGCAUAUCUCAGCUCUCACACAACAUAUCAUAACAUA